CCGCCAUAGCUCUCACACCUCGACACGUUUUUCCUCUUUCUCUCUCUACACCUUCGUUGAAGCCUUCUCAAUCCCUCUCUUCCCCCCAUUUUAAAGCUCUCUCUUUCUCUCUCCUCCCCUCCUUAGGGUUUCUUCUGCUCUGCUACUGCUACUCAUGAGCUCUGCUCAGCCUCGCUUUUGAUUUUCUCAGCUGUAAUGAUUUUUCAGUUUGGAUUGGACCAACACUCGAAUCCUUUUUGUUUUACUGAAGCAGUGUGGUGAGGAAAGGAAAAUACACUACAUACUGUGAGCCAUGGAUCAAUCAGAGCGUUCUCAGCAUCAGCAACAAUCACAGCAGCCUGCGGGGGGUGUCGGUGCAGGCCAAUUACCAUAUUCUAAUCCUUACGAAACAAAUCUGAUGGUGGCUUCUGGAACGCCUGCUAUCACGAUUCCCCCGACUCAGCCCCCGUCGAGUUUCUCUAAUUCUCCACACCAGCUCGCCUAUCAGCAGGCUCAGCACUUCCACCACCAGCAACAGCAGCAGCAGCAACAGCAGCUCCAGAUGUUCUGGGCCAACCAAAUGCAAGAGAUUGAACAAACAACUGACUUCAAGAACCACAGUCUCCCCCUUGCCCGAAUCAAGAAAAUAAUGAAAGCGGAUGAAGACGUCCGAAUGAUUUCAGCUGAAGCACCGGUUAUAUUUGCAAAGGCGUGCGAAAUGUUCAUCUUGGAGUUGACUCUGCGAUCCUGGAUCCAUACAGAAGAGAAUAAAAGGAGAACUCUACAGAAGAACGAUAUUGCAGCUGCAAUUUCAAGGACCGAUGUCUUCGAUUUCUUGGUCGAUAUUAUUCCUAGAGAUGAACUGAAAGAGGAAGGACUCGGAAUCACAAAAGCUUCUAUUCCUGUAGUAGGUUCCCCUGCCGAUCUUCCUUAUUACUAUGUCCCACCGCAGCAUCCAGUGGCUGCACCUGGGAUGAUCAUGGGAAAGCAAUUAGAUCAAGCAAAUAUGUACGGUGGCACCGCCCAACAGCCUCGACCACCGAUGCCUUUCAUGCCAUGGCCACACACCCAACCUCAGCAGCAGCAGCAAACCCAGCAGCAAAGUGAUGCAUAGGUAAUUAAAAGUAGUAGGGGUUUUCGGGACAGCUCGUCAUGAUAUAUGAUUGGUAUAGGCGAUACCGAGUGGCGUUUAAUGUGGGUCUACCGUCUAGUUUAGUUCAUAAAAAUUAGCUGUUAGUGGAGAAAUUGUCAAUGAUGACAAGUUGCAGUUGAGUUUGUAUGAUGAGAGGGUGUUCAGCUCGUGUUACUCUAAUUAUCUAUUACUAUAAUGUACAACAAACAAUGUAUGAAGUUUGGGAAAAGAACUAUAAUUUCAUUUUUUGUUGUUUGA